AUGCUCGACUUGAACACGCUUGAUGGGUCGACUUGGGAUGUCGUGAUAUCUGGCACUGGCCUCCCCCAGGCAUUCCUGGCACUGGCCUUGUCACGAUCCGGCAAGAAAAUACUGCAUAUUGACAAAAAUAACUACUAUGGUGGCUCUGAGGCCGCAUUUAGCCUGCAGGAAGCAGAGGAAUGGGUGAAAAAGGUCAAUGAGGGUAUAAUCUCCCCCCCCCCCUCUCCCCACCCCCUACUCUGUUUACUCUGUGAAUUUAGGGCGCUGACAUGCUUUUUAUCCAAGUCAGUGCCUAACUCUAUGCCCUUCGAAUCUGCGAGUAUAUCACGUCCUGCUGUUUUAGAUGGUGAAGAUGACGAACUGUCGUUUUCACGUGCAUACACGUUAUCUUUAUCGCCUCAGCUACUGUUUUCCCAGUCCAGGUUUCUCCCAUCACUCGUAUCCUCUCGAGUCUAUCGUCAGCUUGAGUUUCAGGCUGUAGGGAGUUGGUGGAUAUACCAGUAUAGUACUGGUUCAGAAGCCAACUCCCAACCUGCUAGAUUGCAGCGCGUGCCUAGUAGCCGUGAAGAUGUGUUUACUGAUGAAACCAUGAGUAUGAAAUCUAAACGAUCUCUAAUGAAGCUUCUCAGGCAACUCAUGCAACCGGGCCAUGAUCAGGAGAACGAAGCUGAAUCAGAAGUAGACCAGAACAUGCAGUUCCAGAACCUGCUGGAGACCAAAUAUCGCAUUCCCAGUGAUUUGUUCGAUCCGCUACUUUCACUUUCUCUUUCUCUUAAGAGUAUGGAUACAACCGACUCCAUCGAUGCUAUUCCAAAUAUCAAAAGACAUCUUUCUUCUAUUGGAGUAUUCGGGCCCGGUUUUGGCGCCGUUCUAGCUAAAUGGGGUGGCGGGGCUGAAUUUUCCCAAGCUGCCUGCCGUGCCUGUGCCGUUGGAGGUGGGAUCUAUGCCCUUGGUAGGGAGAUUAAGAAGGUGGAUGAGAUAAUCGAGGGAAGCGAAAGCGAAAAACUACAUGUUUAUCUUACGGACAACGAGUCCGUAAAGAGUAGGUACGUCGUUGGAUCUGGAUGGGAUCUCCCGGAACAGAUACAAAGAGAAAGGGUACAUCCCUAUUCCCACCUUACGCGAGCUAUCAUGAUUGUCAAUUCUUCAUUGGAGAUACUUUUCCCACAGACUUCGGAGAAUGGGCCCGUACCAGCUGGCGCUGUUGUUACCAUCCCAUCAAGAAAUUCUGGUCCUCCCACUUAUCUCUUGGUACACUCAAGUGAUACUGGAGAGUGCCCUGCUAACCAAUGUGAGUAUUAUCAUUCUACUAGCAAUCGCACUCAUUUAACUAUCUUUCCAUGA